AUGAGUACCAAAGCUAGCGAUGAACAGCAUUAUAAGCUGAGUUAUCGAGUAGGCGUAGCAGAGAAUAAGAAUGCGAAGUUUCGUAAGACCAUGGAAGAUGUGCAUACAUACGUGAAGAAUUUUGCGUCUCGUUUGGACUGGGGAUAUUUUGCUGUUUUCGAUGGACAUGCCGGUUCUCAGGCAUCUAAAUGGUGCGGUUCUCAUCUGCAUACAGUCGUUGAACAAUUGCUGGUUGAGAACGAGGCUUUAGACGUGAGAGACAUUUUGAAUAAGUCUUUCUUGGUCCUAGAUGAACAAAUAAAUACCAAUUUGCCAGGUAAUAGUGGCUGCACAGCUGCAGUAUGCAUCUUACGAUGGGAAUUACCGGACAAUGAACCUGGACAAUUAACCGAUCUAGCGAAGCAUAAGAGGAAGCUAUAUACAGCAAAUGUUGGAGACUCACGUAUUGUUCUAUUCAGGAAGGGACAAAGUGUACGAUUGACUUACGACCACAAAGCAUCAGAUAUUUUAGAGAUGCAGAGGGUGGAAAAAGCGGGUGGACUAAUCAUGAAAAGCCGAGUGAACGGCAUGCUAGCGGUCACUAGAUCCCUAGGUGAUAAGUUCUUCGAUGGCCUAGUGGUAGGUAAUCCCUUCACCACCAGUGUGGAGAUAACGGCUGAUGAUGAGUUCUUGAUAUUGGCAUGCGAUGGCUUGUGGGACGUCAUUGAUGACCAAGAGGCUUGUGACCUCAUUAAAGAUAUAAAAGAUCCUGACGAAGCCGCCAAGAUAUUGGUGAGAUGUGCUUUGGAAAAUGGGACCACCGACAACGUUACCGCGAUGGUAGUUUAUCUUUGA